AUGGGCAACGCACAGUCGGGCAAGGCGGCCAAAGUGCUGCGACUGCGCCAAGAAGAGAUCGACGUGGACGUCGACCACCUCGGCUCAUUUGCGUUUGGUCUUGCGCACGACUACGAGGUGCAGCACUACAUGCCACCGCAGUUUCCGAUCAUUCCGCUCUUGACAAAAGACCGCGUCACGACGUGCCAGCGCACGUGGGAUCUCAUUCAGAGCGCUUCGACCGACAAGAUGAAGCAGUACGGCAAGCCCGGCAUCGUUCUCUUCUACGACGAGUUCUUUUACCGACUCUUUGAGCGGGACACGACAAUGGCGCUCGUCUUCCCCAACACCAAGCAGCGCGGCGAGGUACUCAUCAAGGCGCUCACUUUCAUUCUCGGCGUCCGCGCCGACGCGCCCGCGGACGUCGAGAACGUCAAGAACUCGUGUCGGUUCCUCGGCCACCGCCACCGGACGUUCAUGAAGGUGCGUCCGCACCAUUUCGCAACGUACGCCUUGACUAUGGUCGAGGUCGUCAUGUACUGGCUCGGAGACUUGGCGUCGCACAACGUCGGGCAGGCGUGGUCCAAUACGACGGGCUUCAUCUUGCGCUACCUCUUGGAGCCAUACCUCUUUGAGCGCACGGAUCCGUACGAGCUGUACCAAAACACGACGAUCGCUGCUGUGCGCGAAAUCACAGAGUCCUCGGCCGCGUCGGCGUCCGUCAUGGACAACAAGACAGGCCGUGCGUCGUCCAUGUCAGGCAGUGGGCACGCGUAG